AUGGUAUCAAAAGCCAGCGUGACAGAAGAGAAAAGGGAAGAUUUGGAGGGGAAGGAUUUUGAUAGAAAAUAUAGACAAAUUGCCUUGUUUCUUGGUGGCACGCCUCGUUACAGACACUUCAAAACUCAAGGAAAUCCUGUUAUGAGAUUUUGCAAAGUGUUUGUUGCUGCAUUUAGGAAAUGGAAUUUUAAGGUCUUACCAAAUGCAGAAGAUUUAUAUGAAUUGGAUGCACAUACCUACUCCAAAACUGGUAGGAGGAUGAUCUCCCAUACUAAAGGACUAAUGUUCUUGGAUAAAGCCGCGACUAUCAGCAUAAUUUCAGAUUAUGAUGAAAGAAAUUUAUGUACUGUUACACAAGUUGAAGAAGUGAAAUGCAUAUUAAGACUUCUACCAAUUUGGAUUUGUACCAUUAUGUACUCUGUAGUGUUCACUCAAAUGGCAUCCCUGUUUGUGGAGCAAGGUGCUGCAAUGAACACGACCAUAGGACGGUUUCACAUAUCGCCAGCAAGCAUGUCAGUCUUUGACAUCAUUAGUGUUGUAUCGUUUAUUAUCAUCUAUCGUCGUGUUAUAAGUCCCUUCAUUAUCCGACUAAGAAACAAAGAUCUCACUGAGCUUCAAAGGAUGGGAAUCGGUCUAAUACUUGCAAUUUCAGCUAUGGUAACAGCCGGGACUGUUGAGAUUUUCAGAUUAAAAUACGCAAAAGGGUAUUAUAAGAACUUUGAAAAUGCUAGCUCGUUGAGCAUUUUCUGGCAAGUACCUCAGUACAUGCUGAUAGGAGCAUCCGAGGUUUUUAUGUACGUGGGUCAAUUAGAAUUUUUCAAUGGACAAGCACCCGAUGGUCUAAAGACCUUCGGAAGUGCACUUUGUAUGUUGUCCAUGUCGUUUGGAAACUACACGAGCAGCGUAAUAGUUACGAUGAUUAUGAAGAUAACUACGCGAAACAAUAUGCCCGGAUGGAUACCAGAAAACCUAAAUGAGGGUCACUUAGAGAGGUUUUUCUUCUUGUUGGCAGCUCUUACGGCUGUGGAUUUUAUGGUUUACAUGUUUUAUGCAAGUUCUUACAAGUAUAUUCAGCCUGAAGAGUCAAAAGAAGCAAACAAUGCCAAAAAUGAAGAAAAUAUGGAGGUCUAA